AUGGGAACGAUUUUUGGCAAACAGACUGUAGCGGAGCCCGCCUUUGAGGUGUUGUAUCGGCAGACGCAGCAGGCUUACGAAAUCCGGCGGUACGCGACGCGUUUUGCGGCGUCCACUUCAACGGAUGCGAACUCGGACAGUGCUCCCUUCAACGCUCUCGCUCGCUACAUCGGAGUCUUUGGGACACCGGAGAAUCAAGGCCGGACGGCGAUUAGUAUGACCGCUCCCGUGGUCAAGGAAGAAUCAUCGGGUUCAUCACAACCAGAGGCCAUGGCUAUGACGGCGCCCGUCGUCAAGACGCCGUCCGAUCCGAAUGGCGAGGCUGGAAUGGUGAUGAAGUUUAUUCUUCCGGCGGCGUACGACUCCAUGGAGAAGAUUCCGCAACCCACCAAUCCACGCGUGCAUAUUGAGGAAAUUCCUCCUGCGGUGGGAGCCGUGCACCGGUACUCGGGUAGUUUCGAUGACACCGUCUCGAGGAACAAAGCCCGAUGGUUGGCGCAGCAAUUGCGAGAGGAUGGGGUGGAUAUUACCGAAGAUUACGCCGUCGAGCACUAUCAGUUUUGGGGAUACAAUCCACCGUUUACGCUACCCAUGUUCCGUCGCAACGAAGUAUGGAUUGAAUUGGACGCGACGCAGGUUGAUCAGAUUGUGAACGGCAAGGGAGGUGCGGCGAGUUCUACGUCGGCCGUCAACUAA